UUUUUAAUGUUCACAUCAUGUGUACUGUCAAUUCGUCUACCUGGAAUUCGGCAGUUUUAUCCCACCUCGUUAAAGCUCAGAAUGGUUGGACAACCGAAGUUUAUGCUGAUUUUGCAUUUCUUACAUCCAACAUAAGUUCCAUAGAAAGCGCAUCUGUUCCUGCAGCAAUGGAUGAAUUGGCAUUACUUAUAUCACAACAUAUAGGAACAAAGGAAUUUCGAGAAAUGGAAAUAAAUAAAGUUACUUCCUGGUUAAACGAUAAUUCCGAAGUGAGAAAGAAACUUCAAGAAUUUAUACAAAAGCACGGUCAUAGAUGUAUUAAAGAGGUUUUUAAUGUUCACAUCAUGUGUACUGUCAAUUCGUCUACCUGGAAUUCGGCAGUUUUAUCCCACCUCGUUAAAGCUCAGAAUGGUAAUAAUAUUUCUGUAUAA